UCAUCGCUCGCACGGAUUUUCGUUUCGUGGUGUCGUCGAGUAAAUAAUCUUCUCCGUCGCGGUCCGCAACAUAACGCGAAAAACAUCUGACUGCAUCAUCGGGAAGCAAAAAGGGAAAAGCAGUGUACGGGCAACACAGCGUUGUGCCAAGGCCAAAAUACCUCGAAGCUCUAUGCGAGCAUCCAAAGACAACGUAAGGGGGUAUCGUAAUCAAACAGAAGUGAACCCAGCAGUGGUCACCGAACGGUUUGUGGCGGGGGUGCAUGGUUGGUGAGACACAACGGGCAACGGAACCGUCAGCCCAUCAAGAGGGCGGUGUGAAUAAUGAGGAAAAGUCUGUCCCUUUGCUGGUGAAUUGGAUGCAAGUGUAGUAUUUUACAUCAAGAGGGCAGGGGUACAGUCGUACAAUACGAACCAAUGUCUGUGCAUGUGUAGGUGUGAAUUUGUGUGCAAGUGUCCGCUGUUUUCUCGAGAAUCGUGAUAUCCACAAUAGUCGUCGUCGCCGUGUGCACGGAGCAGGAGGAUAUUCUAAUCGAUAGCAGCACCAACAGUAGAGAGUAUAAAAAACAAGAGCAAAAGAGAGUUUGAAUGAGAGAGAAAGAGAGACAUCAAAAAUAAAAAAAAACAAUAGUGAAAAAAUCCUAUCGGAUCUCACCCUGUGUCCGUGUUGAUGUGUGUAUGGUGUGUAAAAAUUGUGUACGUGUGCACUAGUGCAGACAGCAGCAGGUGCGAACGGUGGUACGGAUUUUAGAGCGAAAUACACCACAAAACGGUGUUGAUCAAGUGAUUGUUUUUAAUGUUUCUUCUUCUUCGUCGCGAACGGUAACCUUCGUUGACCGUGUUUUUUUCUUCUCCAUUUUCACAAAUUCGACACAUUGGCAGCCAUGUUCUAAAGGCGGUACGGGCAGUGUUUUAAACUAAGCAGUGCGUAAAGGAAAAGGUAGUAGUGAGAGUGUGAGAGAGCGAGGACACCGACCAUCAUCAGCAGCAGCAGCAGCUGUAGCGGUGCAAGCACAGGUGGAAGUGAAGAGAAGGCUAUUUCGAUCGAACGACACCGUUUUGGCCAGCCAGCAGCGUGAGCGAAACGGAGCAUCCGAAAAGCACCUGCGACGUAGAGAGAGAGAGAGUGGGAAAGAGAUAGAGGGUGAGAGGGAGCGAGUGGAUUUUUGCAUCCGUGAGAGAAAAUUCCCGUCGAGAGGAAAAAUCGUGAACACACAAUAGCGCUUUUUUAUUCCCAGUGAACUGCGCGCGCGAGAAGGGGUUUUUCUUUUCGCGUGCGUACCUCCGACUGUGUGCGUGUGUGUGUGUGUGUGUAUGUGCGCGCGCGCGUGUGUGUGUGUAAAAUCGUGCGUGCGUUUUUCGGUGUAUUUGCCGUACGAUUCUCGGGGUAUUUCGGAAAAAUCACCAUCCGGCCGUACGUAGUCGUCGUCGCGGUUUUGGAGUGACCCCGGGACAGCAGGGCCGUAAAUGGACGUGUAACGUUGGUGAUAAUUGAGGCGGAACAGGCGAUUCCCGUCGUGCGAAAAUAUUACGUGUAAAGGCGCGGAGCCCCGGUUCGUGUGUGCGAUUGUGUGUGGCUGUAUUUCCGCUGUGUGUUUUUUUGCUGCCUCUACUUCACUCCAUUCCGCCGUGGAGUUGUGAUGUGAGAAAAAAUAAAACAAGGUAUUAUUACAUCGCUGCACACACAUACACGCUGGCUGGUUUGAGCGACGUUUGCUGACGAACUGCGGAGGGGAGAAGGUUGUAACUGCCACUCUUGGGGGCUGCUGUAUUGUGUACUUCGGAAUCUCGGAACUGCUCGGAACGGCAAAGGUGAGCCAUAGGCCGAGGGUUGGAGUACGGAAACGGUCAGCCGCGGACGCAUAGAGUCAAAUAGGGAAAAUCAAGACAUCUUUUCCUCAAUUCUACUAACAGCAGCGAGCAGCAGUUUCACAGUCGCAGGAAGGACACAUCAAAGGGAAACGGGAAUCUUGAGAGAUCCAGUGAGUACGGCAAACCGGAGCAGCCAAAGCAGCAAACCAGGAUCGAUCGAUUAUUGUGAAGAAGUCGUCCCUGCGAGAGGUGGGAAUUUUUCGCCCCUGGUAAAGUGGACAAAUUGUCCAACAAAAGAAACCCAUCUCUAAUAUCCUGCCUUGACCAUUUACUUUUGCAAUAUAUACAUAUGUAUGUAUAGAUAUAUACAUAUAUUGCAUACGUGUAAUCAUAUCGUGUGGAAGCUGCUGUUGGGGAUAAAAUUUGCUGAGAAAUAGAAAAAAAAACACGAAAGGGAGCGAGCAAACGUCAAAGAGAUUGAGAGCGAACGAGAACAAGAGAGUGUAGAAGAAGAAUUGCUGCUUCAGCACCAUCACCAUACCACUACCAACACCAGUUUUUUGUCAUCCUUCGGUUGUCAUUUCACAUCUCUUGCGUGACAAAAAUACAACAAAAAAAAAUUGAUCUGCUAGUGCACAUCAGCAGCAGCAGCACAGGACUGUGAGAAUCCAGCUGACAGCGGUUCAUCAAGUAUCCGCUUCCCUGCCACCCUCACCAUCCGGGCCAUCGGUACACAAUUGUAGCAAUAAAAGCAAGAAUAUCGAUUAAAUCGCGAUUCCAAGGCGAAAGCAGGCGAAACGCUACCCCGAUUGCAUUACUUCACCUGUACAUCUCUAGCGAAACACCUUAUACAUAUAUAGAUAUACAUAUAGCGAUAUUAUAUAUUUCUUAUAUAAUUGAACAAAAAGCAAACCCAGUUCGUUUAUUCGUUGCGUUUGAAGGAAAGUGAUCCGCGCAUUAAAAGUAAUUGAUAGCAACCAUGGGCAAUAACGCUACAUCCGCGAACAAGAAAGUAGAUGCUGCCGAGAGUGUGCGGGAGUUUCUGGACCAAGCGAAGGAAGACUUCGAGGAGAAGUGGAAGCGCAAUCCGACGAACACGGCCGCCCUCGAUGAUUUCGAGCGGAUCAAAACACUCGGUACCGGGUCGUUCGGGCGCGUCAUGAUCGUACAGCACAAAUCGACCAAGGAUUACUACGCGAUGAAGAUCCUGGACAAACAGAAGGUGGUCAAGCUGAAGCAGGUCGAGCAUACGCUGAACGAGAAGCGCAUCCUGCAGGCGAUCUCGUUCCCAUUUCUGGUCAGUCUCAAGUUCCACUUCAAGGACAACUCCAACCUGUACAUGGUGCUGGAGUAUGUGCCGGGCGGCGAGAUGUUUUCCCAUCUGCGUAAGGUGGGUCGCUUUUCCGAACCGCACUCGCGUUUCUACGCCGCCCAGAUUGUGCUGGCGUUCGAAUAUCUGCACUAUCUCGACCUGAUCUACCGUGAUCUGAAGCCGGAAAAUUUGCUGAUCGAUUCCCAGGGUUACCUGAAGGUGACCGAUUUUGGGUUUGCCAAGCGGGUUAAGGGCCGAACCUGGACGCUGUGCGGUACGCCCGAAUAUCUGGCGCCCGAGAUCAUUCUGAGCAAGGGCUACAAUAAGGCGGUCGACUGGUGGGCGCUCGGUGUGCUGGUGUACGAGAUGGCGGCCGGCUAUCCGCCGUUCUUCGCCGACCAGCCGAUACAGAUCUACGAGAAGAUCGUCAGCGGCAAGGUGCGCUUCCCGUCGCACUUCGGCUCGGAGCUGAAGGAUCUGCUUCGUAACCUGCUGCAGGUCGAUCUGACCAAGCGCUACGGCAACCUGAAGGCGGGCGUGAACGACAUCAAGGGGCACCGAUGGUUCGCCUCGACCGACUGGAUCGCGGUGUUCCAGAAGCGCAUCGAGGCGCCGUUCAUACCGCGCUGCAAGGGUCCAGGCGACACGAGCAACUUUGACGACUACGAGGAGGAAACGUUGCGCAUCUCUAGCACCGAGAAGUGCGCCAAGGAGUUUGCCGAGUUCUAAAAAGGGGGUGUACCCGGCUGUUACAACAAAGCGGGAUGAUAUCAGGACCGUUUUUUGGCUGCUACCACUACUGUUACACUACUUCUAUUAGUGCUAUUAUUACCUACCUAUCACUACCAUUGUCAGCACUAUAUGGAGCCUUCAUCUCACUCAUCACCCAACAAUCUUCCGUUGUUUGAGCUGUGCGAUUGGAAUGUGAUUGGGCACUGCAGGAAGAGCACACGGAAAGCAAGAUUAGAACAUUACACCCUACCCCAUUUGGUCGACUGGCUUUGCAUAUCUGACCUGGUUUUUGGAGAACAUUUGGAGAAAAUCGCUUCGUUCGCAUCGUCCUCUUGCGUGAGGAUGCACAGUCGUCCUCGCACUUGGUCCCUGUUUGCAUAUUCCCGACCCUCUGGCUACUGCACGCUGACGCUGUUACUUCCAUCAUGAGUGUCAACCGACCAAAGCGCCAUCUGGUGAUUGUUGGUAUGGUAAUCGGCAGAUCUGCUUGGAUUAUACUAUAAAUCCUCGCAAACAGUAUCGGAUCAACCAUUGUUCCAGCAUCCAAAGCCCCUCUUUUCAUCUUCACCAAUCAAAUGUGCUGCGAUCUCAUGUGUAGUAAAAGGCAUUCAUCAUCAUCCUUCGCAACCUCGCCAAAUUGUGGUAGCAGCAGGAGCAGCAGUCAUUAGUGGCGCCAUCUAGUUGCUGGGGAGUGUAGCGUGGGUUAGCGACUUUUAUGGCAAAAGCAUGCAAAGAGGAUAAUCGGGAUAGAUUUUGGGCACAGCUGCGUAGCAAGGAAUCUGUUAUAGGGGAAGAACUCAAAGUGCACAGAUCCCUCAGAACGUGAUCGAUUAUCAGGUGUGCGUGUGUGUGUGCGUGCGUGCGUGAAGAUCUUCGAAGUACAUUAUCAUUCAUGCACAUAUAUCCCUCUGCCCAUCCAUCUCCAUUAUCCUUCCAGCUAACAUCCACUUCCUACAAAUACACACUUUCUCUGUCUCUCGCAUACACAUGCACACGCAUAUGCGUACAUAUUUGAGCAUCUCGAUACGAUAAAAAUGCGCAAUGACAAACAGAGAAGAACAGGGAAAAAAACCUGACGAAAUUCGGCACACGUUCGGCUCGCUCUCGCUACUGAUAGUAUCAAGUAAUAUUUAAUGAAAAAAAAACCAUGCAGCUAAUUUGAUACAAGUUCGAACGGAGAGGGCGUACAGCAAGAUAGCAAGGUUCCAAAUUAAAUCAUUGCCAUUCGUUCCCCCUUCCGCCGCGUGCACACUCGUGGCAACCUACCUGUUCCUGGGGAAAGGUGGUGCACAAACCCCAGCACUACAACGCUACCCGAUCCCCCACAGUACGCGCGACAAUUCUAAAGCAAAUGUUAACCGACUUUGCAGCAAUAUAUCAUCGCCAACGAUGAGAGGCAGGCAGAAGACCCGCGUGUGCGCACGUGCUAACUAGAUCUUUGCGAAAUAGCUAAGUAAAGCGUUUAUGUUACUUGUAACGUGUGCGCCACGUGCGUGUGUGGGUGUGUGCGUACAUUGAUAGCAGCAAAAACUAGAAGGAAUCUAUUUCCCCCAGCAUUAUGACAAGGAAUUUCAAUGAUAGAUAUGAUCGGAAGUUUUGAUUAUCGUACAACAACACCCGGUGACUCCUUUCGGGAGAGGAGUGAGAGAGCACCCCCUUGCAAUAAUAGGGAACACGGAAAUGGCACAGAUCGGCAGGAACACAUUCCAAACCAGUGCGAGACAAAUGGAAGAGUUUCUAGAGUGUGUGGCAACACAGUGGGUGAAUGGGGGCAAUCGAUGCAACCUCCCCCUCCGUUCAUAUACGUCGUCCGAGUGCCGGGGCGACAGAAUUUCAUUUUCGGUAUUUAUUUUAAUUAUUGAUUCGGCAUCAUACACCUGCCCUCCCCCUGAUUAACAAUGCCAAUCAGGUAAAGACUAUUAGUAUACACACGUACACAAACACGCGCGCGCACACAUACACAUACUACCGCACUCGCAACACACACACACACAUCCCUCUCUAUGUGUGUCUGUAUGUGUUUGUGUGUGUGUGUGUAUGUAUUCUCCAGCAAAUACGUCUUUUCGGACGUUUUGGAGGUUUAGAUAAUCUUAUAUUGCGUACUGAUUAUGUGCCGCAACACGCAUCCCCCGUACAUAGUGGUAACGGCGUUGGCAGCGAGACAAAAACAAUGGAUAGAAAGGCCGAAAGAUUGAGGUGGGCGCGAGACCUUUUAAUGGUACAUUAGGCAAAACAAAGUGAGUACUGAGGCGAAUGAAAUUAGUAUUUAUAAAAGCUGCAUCAUUUUACACUGGGAUGACCAAUGAUCGAUCGAACCGAGAAUGGGGGAAUUUGCAAAAAAAAGGGGCGCGCGCGCCCGCGCGAAUGUAUCAACGGGGGAAGAAGAUCCCCAACGAGGUAGUACGAGAUAGAUUUUUUUUUUUUACUUUUCGGGUUAUUUUGUUUUUCCUCCCUCUUUUGCGAUUACGGUGCGAAUGCGCUGCGAGACAAGCAAUGGAUUAGCAAAGGACUCCACUCUCACAUAUAUACAUAUAUAAUUAUAUAAUGAUAAACACAUCCCGCACCACCGAGGCGUGGGCGAAUGGACACAAUCUCAACACACAAUACCACAUCACAUUGCCCCUUUACAUACCGCACCGAAACACGAACACACACAUACACACGAUCCAUUACAUGCGAAAGAUUAUGUAGCCCUCAGAAGUGUACACCAAAUAAUGUAAACGCAACGCAGAUAGCAAUGUUAAACGGAAUGUCACAUGAUGUGUGUCGUAGGAGGCUACGAUGGCUGGGUAAUGGUGAAGCUGCAACGGGGAUAGCUAAAAGGGCAAAAGAUAUUCCAUAGUAUGCCGGUUCUGGCUCCGCAAAGAGACCCCUAUCUUAUAGGGGGGAAUGAAUGAUGAUGAUAAGGCGCGCGUGGUGAUCUUGAGAUGAUCGUGUUGAGAAGAGCAAACGGAACCAGUAGCCGCUGCAAUCGGUCGUCGUAAAAUCAUCCCAUCACGUGCCAGACGAUGGAGGUUGGAUUGCCGUACAGCGCGGAGCAUACAAGCACAGAUGGCAGAACAGAAUAAAACGGACGGACCAGGCGAAACGGCAGAUGCGCGGGCACGAUCGGUAUGAAGGACGGCCGGAACACGAGGCGGACACACGAUAGUUACACGAAACCCAGGACACAUUUUUGAAAUCAGACUCAAAGCUCUUCCGACUGACGCGUGGUGUGGUGUGCGUGCAACGCAUCAACAAGUUCAUCAACAACCACACCGAGUGAUAGCUCUGUAUUAGGGGGUGGUGGUAUUUUAUCGUUACCUAUCCUGUUAGCUCGAACCGCACUACACCUUGCUGCAACUAUCACCGCUGGAUCUGGCCGAGAUCACUCUUUUCCCACUCCGGAUAAUGCCUUCACUUCCCCCUCCCCGUAUCGGCAACAACCGUUCCCGGAUUUCUGAUUAUUUUAUCGGUUGACGGUAGAUGUUAUGGUGUGUAGGGAAACAGAAAACAAAACAAAUCCACACAAAAAAUUAAGGCUAUACAGCAAACCAGUCUCAAGCCAGGGGAAGCCUUAGCUUUGCGUAACACACAUAACUAAAGUACUAACGUUCUUGUUUUGUUUCGCGGUUCUGUUGCUGCUAGUGCAUAUAUGCAAAACAGACCAUAAUAUCAACAACUGACAGCAACAAAACAGAGUGUGCCCGUGCAGCUAAGCUAACACCGUGUUUCGGUUGACGCGCGAAACACGAAAAUAAAUAGGCAAAUCUUUUCACACAGGGUGAAGCAUUGUAAGAUGGAAGCAGGAACCAAAAAAAAAAACGUAGAAAACGGAAGAAAACUAACUUGAGCAUAAAACAAAGUGUAUGCAAGUAAAGCUGUCGAACGCGCUCGUUCUCACCCCCCGCAUGAGUGGAAAUUUUGAAAAGAAAAUAAUAGGAACAAAGUCAAAUAUGAAUUAAUCAAGCUAUGUAUUAUGGUAAUAAUUUACUCAAAUGAGUAUGAGAAUUGAAUCGUGUGUCAUGUACACGGGGACCCGGGUACGGUAUUAGGAAUGUUUUUUUUUAUUUUAACUAUUUUUGUUUGUUUUUGUUCGUUGUUCUCCAAUCCCGGCAAACGAUCGGGAUGUGUUGCGCGUAUUGGCAGGGCGUGAUGCGUAAGUUGCGCAACAAGUUUUCGGGAAUAAAACAAUGAUAUCUUUACGUUAAUAUGUCGCGCGCAAUCAUAGAUGAAUAUUCGGUGUAACCACGUCUUUUUCCCCCUGAGCAAGCGAAACUAAAAGUGUAACAAUGAUGAUGUAAGUCAGCGAGUGUGAAACCACAGCACUAACAGCAGUAAACUCACCAAACACUCCCAAAACUAAAUAACCUGUUAGCUAUUGGCGCAGCCGGGCGAGUGUUUAAUCGUAAACAAAAGCAAACGACAGUAAGAAACAGAAGAAAAAAUGCUCUUACAUACAAAAAAUGCGCCCAAAUCCUGCAAAUAAAAAGCAAAGCAAAGAAAAUCUGUAGCGAAUGUAACGAGUAAAGCGGCGAGUAAGCGGUGUGUGUGUGUGGUGUACGAGAAGAGGGGGAAAAGCACACGAUAAAAACAACAACACGUGUAAUGAGCGAGUAAACCCAUUCAGCUUUAUCGUAAAUUAUUUUAGAAAUAAUAUUUUUAAAGAAACAAAACAAAGUAAACAAGUAAAAGAAAUACGAUCACCAAUCGGACAAUGCGAAGGGAAAAAAAGGGGCAACAAAUACGGAAAAGGGCCAUUCGUGGAAAGCAGGGGGCGGGUGUUAGUGAGGAUUUGGAAGACAAACUCGUUGGAGAUCAAAUCAAGUAAAAAACAAACACGCAACACAUAUAGAAAUUUACAAAGUAAAAGAAGAAAACAAAAGAAAACACACUCAUACCCACACGUACACACAAAACCCCCUAUGCUUGCAAUGGCUUGCAAUCAUUCGUUCGGUAUAUCCAAAAUAAUUUUAGCGUGGUUGUAAACUACUUUGGCUGUAUAUAUUACUUUAACGAUGAAUGAACGUGUUUAAAUCUAAUGACAUAUUAUCUAAAUAUAUAAAUAUAUAAUCUAAUAAUGUAUUGGAUGUAGUUUGUGAUACAGAAACAAAAAAAAAGAAACAAAAUACAAGAAGAAGAAAAAAACCCAGUCAAAGAGAAAAUGGUAUAAAACAAAAAAAGAAAUACACACGUAAAUGCGAGAUGUGCGCGAGCAGUAAGUUGAAGUAUAUAAUAAAAAAAGGAGGAAGAAAAACAAACAAACAAACAAAAAUCGAUGAAAAACACAAGAAGAAUGAAAAAUCCUUUUUUAUAAAUAUCAACAAUCUGUUUGCGAUAGUUGUGGCUGAUUUAAUUUAUGAAUAAAAUUAAUCAUUGGUGAACGCG